CAGAUGGUACAAAGGUGCUUCCAAAAUGAAUAUUUUGACAAUUUGCUGUAUGCUUGCAAACCCUGCCACCUUCGAUGUUCCAACACCCCCUCUUUGGUGUGUCAGAGUUAUUGUAAUGCAAGUACUACCAGUUCCCUGAAAAUCACAGAUGUGAGUCUUUGGAUCUGCUUAGGUGUGGGAAUAAUUUCAUCUUUGACAAUUUUCUUUCUAAUACUUAUCCUGAAGAAAAUGAGCCCUGAGAGAUCAAACGAUGACUUAGAAAAUACAGAGCCAAAAGCUGAGCUACAGGAGAUUACUAAAGUUGAUCUUGAUUAGAGUGAGAAUGACAAAACUGGAAUUCUCCCUACAAGCAGUACCACUAUGACAUACAUAGUAAAAGAAUGCAAUUGUAAAGACUGUAAUCUACACAAAGAAGACACAACCUUAGAUAUACCCUUCCCAAUCCCAGCCAUGGAAGAAGGAGCAACUGUUCUUGUCACUACAAAAACAAAUGAUUUUUGCAAGAGUUUACCAGGUUCCAUGAAUGACACUUUCAUGGGGAUAUGGAAAUCAAUUUUCACAACAUAA